AUGCACGACGAAAUGAUAAAUCCCAAAUCGUUUUCUCCGGAAAUUCUCGAAAAAUCGGAAAUGUUGAGAGAAAUGAUUCCAUUGGUGCCCGAUGUUUUGAAUUCGCCAUUUUUCUUUGCCCGAUUUUUGCAAGCUAAUGAUGGGGACAUCGAGAAGACUCGUGAGAAAAUAUUGCAACUUUUAGAGCAUCGAAGACUGCUAAAAUAUGAUGUGGCAAGCGAUUUGGAAAUUUUCACAAAAGUUGCAAUUGGGAAAGAUUGUUUUGAAGUGAGUGAAGUUUUCAGUGUGACCUUGAUGUUUACCACGGCUUUGUAAACAUUUUCUAAUGUUUUCAGCGUUUCAAUAUUUCAUUGAUUGAUUAUGACAUCACUUCAAAAAAUCUUCACAUUUUCGUUCAAAAAAUGGAGGGAACUGAUCUUAAAGAAAUAAUGAAAGUUAUGCCACUCUCAUAUGUUGUUCAUUCAUAUUACAUGCUCCAAGAAAACUUUUCACGAGCAAUGGCUCAUACAGAAAGAAUCAGAGGAAAACCAUCAUCCGUUGUUUGCAUUUUGGAUUUGAAGGGUCUUAAUCUCACUGAUUUUUUGAAUCCUAUUUCUGGACCUGCACAAUUAGCAAGACUUGUUGUCAAAGUUUGGGCUGAUUAUUUCAGCGAACAUUUGUGCAAGCUUCUAAUUAUCAAUUCUCCUGGUAUUUUUUCUGUUAUGUGGCAAAUUACAAAACGUUUGAUGGACACAAAUACACAGGAAAAAUUGGCAUUUUUGGGAAGUGUUGAGGAAUUGAAAAAAUAUUUGGAAGUUGAUGCGAUUCCAGAGGAAUACGGUGGAACUUAUCGAGAUGAUUCUGGAUACGCUGAUCCACCAGAAGGAUGUUGUAGACCACCUUUGGUAAUCGAAAAAACUGAUCAUAAACCUGUUGAACAUAUUUGGAUUGAGAAUGGUAUUUUGAAAGCGCCGAAAUCAAAAACCUACACUGCAAAAUCUCAUCAAUCAGUUGAAGUUGUAUGGUCAGUAAAGAAACGUUUUUCUAUCGCUAACAUUCCUUUUCCACCUCAUCUCACCUCAUUUUCAAUGUUUUUAGCAAAUCAUCAACAACCGGUAAACUGGUUUGGAGUUAUACAUCGAGUGGCGACGUCGAUUUUGAGAUUGUAAAACGAGAUUCGGGCAAAGAAUUGGCUGUCUGGCCAAAAAUAACAAUCACAAGUUUGAAAUUGCCUGAAUUCGGCAGUGUUCCCGUGACACCUGGAGAAUAUGUUUUGCGAUUCGUGAAUCCAAGUCACACGUGGUUCCCCGUCAAAAUCAAUUGCUCAGCUGAUAUAAUAAAUGUAAAUAAUUAA